AUGGCUCCUUUCUCUAUCCUUCUUUGCUUUGUGGCCACUAUCGCUAUCACCGGUGCUAAUGCUUCUGCAGCUGCUACUCGACGUCGUCUUGAUGCGGAACUACCAAAUGGACACUUCGAAUUAUCGCCCAGUUCCUCCAACCUAAACAAAACAGUCAUCAUCGGCAGAUACUCACUCCCAAAGUGGGAGAUCGACGGACUGGUGGAGUACAUCUCAGGCGGGCCUCAGCCAGGUAGCUUCUACUUUCACGUCGCGCGCGGAGUCCAUGCCAUAAGGCUUGGCAAUGAGGCCUCCAUUUCUCAGAACGUCAAUGUCAACCCUGGCUCAUUUUACUCCCUCACAUUUAGCACUACAAGGACUUGUGCUCAAGAUGAAGCGCUCAAUAUCUCAGUACCGGGUCAGUCUACAGAGCUUCCCAUUCAGACAUUGUACAGCAGCAAUGGGGGUGACACUUAUGCAUGGGCCUUUAAGGCAACUUCCAAGGUUGUUAAGGUUACGUUUCACAACCCCGGGAUUCAAGAGGAGCCAACUUGCGGUCCUCUGUUAGAUGCUAUCGCAAUCAAGGAAAUGGUGCUUCCUCAGAAGUAUAUAAGAGGUAAUCUAGUAAAGAAUGGUGGCUUUGAAAACGGUCCUCAUGUGUUUAAGAGAUUCUCAACUGGAGUCCUCCUCCCUCCACAGUUACUGGACAAAAUCUCACCGCUACCCGGAUGGAUCAUCGAAUCCCUAAAACCUGUGAAGUACGUCGACAGGAAACACUUCUCAGUUCCUGGCGGAUCCGCAGCAAUUGAAUUGGUUGCAGGAAGAGAGAGUGCCAUUGCUCAAAUUAUUAGAACGCUUCCAAACAAAUUUUACAACCUUACAUUCACAAUUGGAGAUGCCAAGAAUGCUUGUCAAGGAUCGAUGAUAGUUGAAGCCUUUGCUGGUAAGGAAACCCUAAAAGCUCGUUAUGUGUCUAAAGGCAAGGGUGGAUUUAGAACUGUGAGCUUCAAGUUCCAAGCAAUUUCCUCCAGAACUAGAAUAACAUUUUACAGUGCACAUUAUCACACGAAGCUUCAUGAUUAUGGUCAUAUGUGCGGCCCUGUCUUAGACAAUGUCAUUGUUUUUCCAAGUCACUAAAGAAUAUCUUUUAUUGUUCGGAGUUG